CUCUAAUGCAGAGAAAAAAUAACAAAAAAAAAAAAAUACCGAAAUAAAAACAAGUGAUUGGAUAAUUUUGUUGUAAAUUUGUUGAUUCCGCGGCUGCAAGUUGGUAAUUUGAAGAACACUUGUUCACCUCAUCGAGUGAUCACUGUAUGGCCCUAUACGCCCCUCCCCCGCCGGCGACACAUAGACAGGCGAGAAAAGGAGACAAAAACAAGUGCAUCGCAUUUGGCGAGAGCAGCAGCAGCGCCCAUUUCGCAUCUCGCAUCAUCGAAAUUAAUCAAGUGAAUUUCAUUUCACAUUCGCGUGCGGCGGCCAAAGGGAACAACAACAAGUGAUGGCGCAGCGGAACUAACAGUCGCCCGAAAAGGACAUCCAGCACAAAGGAGAGAGGAGCGGGGGAGCAGAGGAAGAGAAACACGCCCAUCGGCAGGACGAAAAGAAGAGUACGUAUGCAAACGUCCUUGGCUCGUGGACGUCAGCAGCGGAAGUGGAGGAGGCAGCAGGACGAAGGAUAGGUGACGUCUGAAACAACAAACAACAGGAACAAUACAACAGCAGCAGCAACAACAACAACAACCGACAAACGCAAUUACAGUAAAAGGUGCGCCCAAAAAGAUGGCGACAGCAGAGGCAGCAGGGGGAUCCAGUGGCCCCAGUGGACCAGGAGGAGAAGCCAGUGACAUCGGUCUGGGCAUCGGCACAGGCAUCGAGAUGCUGAAGGCGCUGUACGACUUCCAGGCGGUCUAUCCCAAGACCAUUAGCUUCGAUGAGGGCGAGUACUUCAUCCUGUACCAGACAUCCGCCCGCCAGCGCAAUUGGUGGCAAGUGGUCAGCAUGAAGGGCAACAUUGGCUUUGUGCCCUCCAAUUACGUAAUGAAGAUUAAGGUGGAGCACGACUUCCUCAUCAGCUUUCUAAACUCCUCCAUAGAAUCGCUGGAAAAGUGCACGGAUCACGAGAUCAAUGGCAUCAUGUCCAAGGACGAGCUGCUGGACAGGCUGCGCGAGAAGAAGCACACCAUGGAGCGACUCUAUGCGGAGAGCUCCGAGCGCGACGGCGACUCUUCGCUGUCCUACUCGCACAGCUACAGCGACAAGGGCAGCAGCCACCGGCACUCGCAUCCCCAUCCCACCCAGUCGCAGACGCAGCUCCGCCAGCACAGUCCGCCGCCGAGCGGCAGCGGUGGCUCCCAGCGGCUGGACAUGAGCAAGAAGAGCAUGUCCAGUCCGGCGGUGGGCUCCUCGUGCAGUCAGGGCAAAAGUCAGGGCAUGAUUGAGUCGCCCAGCAUGGGCAGCAUGCAGUUCCAGGGCAGCAGCUGCACCAUCCAGACGCCGCAGCAGCAGCAGCCACUCCCGGCACCGCCAGCACCAGCUCCAUCGCCCUCGCCAGCCACGCCCACUGCAUCGGCGGCAUCGGGAUCGUCGAGCAAAGCAGCCGCCGGCGGAGAUGUGGCGCAGGACAACAGCAUCACUUCGGAGCCCUCGGAGACGACAACGACCACGACGACGACCAGCGAGGAUGUGGUCACCACAUACAAGGAUACAAGCCAGCAGCACAAGCCGCCGAACGGUGGCAGCACUGCCUCUGCCGCCUCUGCGUCCAUUUCCGCCUCAGCUUUACGGAGUAGCAAUGGAGGCAAUGGGAAUGGUCAGAACGGGAGCACGGCGGCCCUGCACCAGGAGGAGCUGCAGCCGGAGGAGGCGGACAGUGCGCCGGACAAGUCGGAGGAUGCCAGCGGCUGCCAGGCGAACGGCGAUAGUGCGGACAAUAGCCAGGCGCUGGACAGCAUCGACAGUCCGUCGCACCGCGGGCAGCGCGGAAUGAGUCUGGGCAGGAUCGAGGAGGGAGGGGCAACGGGCGGUGGGCAGCUGAAGGUCGAGUCCUCGGAUGUCUAUCAGAUUGUGGACGCACUGCGGCGGAACACCAACCUCAGCUUCGAUCUAUCCUGCGAGGCGUUGCGCGUGGUGCUGACCAGCCUGGAGCAGCUGUACAACGGGGCCAUCAAUCCGUAUCUGGAGGCGGUGGCCGUCCAUGUCACCGGGAAGGUGGCCACGCCCAAGGAGCUGCUGGGCAUCACGCACGACGCCAAGCGGCUGCAGUACCUCUUCGCCCAGCUGGCCGACUGCAAGAACGACACGGAGCAGCGCACCUGGAUGCUCUACGAGGACGAGGAGGAUAUCAUUCAGUUCCUCGAGGAGCUCGUCGAGAUUCUGAUCAACGCUGAUGAGAGCAUCAGUUGCUACGAGAUGUCCUGCGAUCAGUACCAGAUGUUCAUCAAUCUGGUGCAGUACUACCAAAUGGAGACGCGCUGGUCCAUCAAGCGGCUGCUGCUCAAGACCUUCACGGCCGCUUGCCAUCUGGACUACAUCAUUGUGGACAUAUUGCUGACCUCGGUGCUGCCCCUGGAGAUUGUGGAGGACAUGAAGACGCACUUCUCCAAUCUGGAUCGCUUCAAGCAGCUGGUCAAGAUGCUGACCAUCAUCUUCUCGCUGGGACAGCCCAUGCCGGUCAAUCAUCAGGACUAUUUGGGCGUCCACUUUGCCAGCUUCCUGCUGGAAAUCGUCGAGGGAAACAAUCCGGAGCUGUUGGUGGACAUGGUUAUUGCCCUGAUACUGGCCUUCAACCAGCAGUUUAGCGAGCACACCUUCAAUGUCAUCAUCGAGGGCAUGCAGAAUUUGCCCUCAGCCAAGGUGUUCACGGAGAAGCUGCUGCUGCUGCUCAAUCGAGAGGAUGAUCCAACACGCUUGCUAAAGCAUCCCAACGAGCACAUGAACACGGUGCUGCGGAUGUUCAUCGACAUAUUCAGCCAUCCGGACACGGCGGGCAUGUUCUACACGAACGACAUCAAGGUGCUCAUCGACAUAGUGGUUCGCCAGCUGUCCGACUUGGAUGCCGGUAGUUCGACGCGACCCUGCUACUUGGAGCUGUGCCGACGCAUCCUGCGCAACACGAACUAUCAGGAGCACCAGCACCGCAAGCACGAUCUCAUGAAGAUCUUCACGCGCAUCUUCUGCGAGGAGACCGAGUGCAGUGCCUCCGAUCAACAGCUGGUGCGGGAGAUAGCCAACGAGUUCCCGCAGCUGUUCAAGGCUUAGAGAACCCAAACCAAAAUACGGAGGGAAACCAAAAUUGUAAAGCGUUGCUAGUGAGGCGAGCCGUUGAAAGCGAGCCAACCGUAAAUUCGUAGAUUAUUUUAAAUUCGAUCAGUGAAUUGUUGCGCAUUUGUUUAGCGUCUCGGUCUCGGAAAGCCCUCGGAGCUCAGAAUUCAGAACAGAUCGAGGGGGAACUCUACAUAUAUCUUAUGAACAUAGUCUGUAAGCAGGACAAAUGUACUAGUUGCAUGUGGAGUAGAUGCAACCUCAUAGAGAUGAUACCCAAUAGCGUAUCCGUAAACAUCUAGACAAAAGAACGAAAGAAGGUCUAACACUAAAUUAUCCCCAGUUUAGGAUGAUUUCACUAAUUUAGAAUUUAGCCAGGGACAAUUUUAGCCAGAAACAAAGUCAAAAAUCAGCCUCACUUUUAAAUUUUUGUAGUUAUAAUUGCCAAUUUAUUUGGAAUUCAAAAUUUUGACAUAUAAAACCAAGCGCAAAAAAAAGAACGAGCGAAUGCGUUCAAAGUAUAAGAUAUUUAUAGCCUAAUUAUACACCUAUAAUGAAAAUAUACAUUCAUGACAAACGCGAAUGGAAGGUUAA